AUGAAGACGCAUGAUUUACGCAUAGUUCAGGUAGAAGGCAUAUCGUUGGUGAUUCACGACAAAAAGAUUUUCAACCCAUUAUCGGAAAGGUUCAGAAAACAUGUGCAUCGACUAGCAAGAAGUAGUUCCGACGAUAUAUUGGACCAUAUCAGCAGCCACUUCCAAAUUCGCUCACGAGCCCAUUACUUACAUAGACAGUCCGUGGGUGUAGAGAAUCCCGACAUAGCAGGCGUAAAGCUCAAAAAUCUAAACGUAUGCAGCGUUUGUUUUGACUUUUGUGCUGAGAAGUACAUCAACGAGCAUCUCAAAAAAGCACAUAAUAUCUCGAAAGGAUUCAAACAACAUACGUUCAGGACAACCGGACAUGCUAUUCCUACUCAGAACUUCUCGUUGUCUUAUUUGUACAAGAAGCCAGAAAACACAUUGGCUACCGACAUGAUGCGCUUGAACAAUACUGCCGUGACAGACAACAGCUGCGACCAAUUUCUUUAUUACAUAGGACACACCGCCUACUAUGGCCAGGGGUAUCCUGCAUAUCUUGCAGCAGAAAACUUAAUUGAAUUCUUCAAAGCCUUGCGUCAUUUUAUCAUUUUAUAUAUUCCCGUUUUGUAA